AUGGCAACAAAUGUAGACAAUACCAGUGUGAACACAUCACGGACACCAACAAGAUUAACUGAAUUGAUUCAUUCAUUGUCAAGUUAUUCGUUAGAUAAUCAUUCAUGUAGAAUAUUUUCACAUGAAAUACAGAAGUUAUCGAUGUCAUCUUCCUCUUUGAAAUCAUUACCGAUUUAUUCUACUCAUUUAACCCAUUCUCAACUAUUGGAUUCUAUAUCAUCUAUAAAAAUUUGUCUAACAUUACCAACAACUCAAUUGUCAUUCGAAUUGUAUCACUAUUCAAUUGGAUAUUAUCUAUUACUUUUAUCAUUGCAUACUCAUAAAUUAUUUGUUGAGGAAGUAAUAAAAAAUACUCAUAAACUAAAAAAACAUAUUGAAUAUUGGAAAUCUAAUCUAAAACCUCCGAUCUCUUCACUAUAUCAUCAAAUAACCACAACUUAUUUAUUCGAUAAGGAAACUGAUGAUAUAUUGCCGUCGGAAAAACUAAAAUAUUUAACAACAUAUGAGUCAAAAUGGAUGAAUUCAAUCGGAAAAUUAUGUUAUUCGAUAUCGAUAUUACACAAAUAUUUAUUAUCAUCAUUGCCAAAGAAUAUGUUUAGUACAGCAUUAGAUACAGUUGAAAUAUACACAAAUUAUUUAUACUUUUUGAUCUUCGAUGAUACACUAUCCACUUUGAAUAUACAAUCAUCAAAUAAACUAAUUGAUCUAAUCAAUUGUUAUGAACAUAUUUUGUUAUCAUUCUCAGAAUUUAAUCAACAAUGGUUUAUUAAAAUUCAUUUAUAUCGUCAACCAACACAUUUAAAACGUUAUUGGACAUAUUAUACAUGGGGAACAUUAACAUCUCUCUAUCUAAUCUAUAAAUUAUAUUCAAAUCAAAAACAAAUUUCUAAUCAGUUUCAGUUAUCAUUUGAUUCAUUUAAAUUUUUUUUGUCUGAACAUUUAAUUAUUCCAUUGAAAAAUAUCUAUGAAUCAACAUUUCAUUCAAAAUCCUCACAGUUAAUAUUUGAAAAUACACAAAAAAAUUACCAAAAUUCUAAAUUAAUACUAGAACAAAUGUUAGAAAGAUAUGGUAUAGAACAUUCAAAACAAUUGGCAAAUAUUGAUGGUGUAGAUGUCGAUCGAUUUCUGUUAAAUCUACAUGAACGAGCACUCAAUGACGAUAUGAAUAUUGUUAUGAAAUAUUAUCAAUACGAAUUAGAUACACCUAUUCGAUCGGCACUAUUCGGAGAUUUAGUUAAAGGUAUUCUUAUUCAAGUACAAAAAGUAAAAGUUGAUGGUGAAUCAUUGGCUAUUCAAAUUAAUCAGUUGAUGAAACAAAAUCAAAUUAAUUUUAGUUUAUUGGCUACUAUACCCGCAUUAUUAUUAAUCACAUUUAUGACCAUUGCCGCAAAGAAUACAAUUAUCAAUGGGAUAAUUAAACGUCGAAAAUAUGGUUAUACUGACGUUUAUAAACAAAUUAUUCGUAAAUUACGACACAUUGAACAAUUGUUGAUACUAAACACAGAAUUAUCAACAAAAAACAAGCAACACCUAUUGACAACCACACUGAAUUAUGAUAGUAAUUAUAUCAAAGUUGAAGACGACGAAGAAAAAUAUUAUGACAAUUCGGUUCCGAUCGAUCAAAGUAUAAUUAUUGUUGAUAAUACGACAAUAUCGGAGACAAAUAAUUCAUUUCCAAUGAAUAAUUUAACAUUUGGUCAGUUUUUAUGUUUGAUUUAUGAACUAAAAUUUUUCACAUUGCAACUGAGAUCGGAGCGACUACUAGCGGAUGAAUUCAACCAAGAUAUUGAUCUACUAACGGAUACAACAUUAACUACAAAACAAAAGCUCCUGCGGGAUCUUAGAUGUUAA